GAGGCACGAAAACAACAAUAAAUUGGAAAGCAAAUACCAACCAGGUUGUUGACAACAUACACACACACAAACACACACCACACGCGUGCACGUUCGUCGAGAGAGCCUCCUGCUCCUGCAACUGCCACCUGCCUCGGGGGGCGUCGUUGUUCUAAUGGUAGAGAUGGGGGCUGGCGGCCUGGCCCCAUUUAAUGGUUAGCGCGAAAAAUAUUGUUGUUAUUGUGUUUUCCCUCAUAAGUGGACAGUUGGCGCGGACAAGGCAAAAGCUCAGUCAGUCACACUUUGGCAGGCGAGGACGAACCACGAACUAACGGACUUUCCCUCUGGUUCUGGGGUCCGAAAAUUGACCGACUACCCCGAAUGGAACAUGUCAUAAGGUUUGGACAGAACCUUCGUGCAAUGAAUGAUGGGCUGCGGUUCGUCCAUGGAGACGCAAUCGAAUCCUGUUGUGACAGAGGUCAGCACAGAAUUCCGCCAGCAACAAAAUGGUGCCGCUGUAACGAACAUUAUCGAUGAAUAUGUACGGCUGGACGAACAGAUCAGCAAGAUGGAGGGCAGUUGUCCGGGACCCAGAAUGGCCACCGCCGAGGCCUGGAUCGAGCAUCUGCAGGGCAAACAUGAUGCGAUGUUGGGUCUAGAUGGAAUGGAGGUGGCACAGCGUCGACAGGAAGAGCAGCAGGACACCGAAAUGGAGGCGCUAACCCUGUCCAGUUACCCUGCCCAGAAACGAGACGGCAAUCAAAUUGUGGCAAACACGCCCACCAAAGACCUGGCCCAGCUUGCCUACAACCUCGGCGUGAUUGGCGACGCACGUAAAGCUUCCAUGCACGAGGAUUUCUUUGCCAACCUGAGCGAAUCGGCGCUCUAUUUGCUCAGCAUUCGAUACUAUGGGGAACUGCUAGAGCACACCAAGGAGCGCCUGAAGACGCUCGCCGAGAGCUAUGCGGAGCUGAAUGAGCUGUAUGUAAGGCAGGAUGGGAUCAUAGCGUACAUUAGUGGUGGCACCUACAUGACCCGCCUGGAGGAGACCAUCGAUGAGCAGCUGGAGACGGCCCGCGAUACACGCGACAAGCUGGGCAGUACCUUGGAGCAGUGGCGCAUCUGUGGACUCCUGCUCCGAGCAGCCGCCAACUCCUCCACGCAGGCACUAAAGCAGUGGCGACAGCUUAGUAGGAUCAUUGAUCCAAAACAAAAGCUGCAAUGGGCGCUGGACUGCCGGAGUCUGCUCCAUGCAUCAAUGAUCUCCCUGGAGGCUGCUCAGCUGGCCCUGCCCCACGUGGAGCUCAAAUACAUGAGUCAUCGCCAAGUGCUGGCCGUCAAACACUGCAAUACCUACCUGAUCACGGACAUAGCCAACAAGGCGCGUUACGAGCACACAAGCCGUGUCUUUUCCACCUACGAGGCCAACAUGUCCAAGACGUGCACUUGGCUGUACGAGACAUUCAACAACACGCUUCGCAUCGACUUUGACAAGUCCGAACGCACUGUGUCCCGCUUAUCGAAGACACUGCGCGAUCAUCGCGCGGAGGUCUUCAGUACUGCGCGCAAAUGAUACAACUGAACCUUUUGAUUGCUCACUUUGUGUUUGUGUUUUUUUACUUUACUCUAAUAAAAAUAAGGAUAGAGUUAGUACCAAUAGGA